UUUGAAAAUUUAAAUUUAUGAUUUACCCAACUUCCAAGGGAAAGAAAACCCCACACGCGAAGCAAAAUCAGAUCUUCUUCUCUCUUUCUCUAUCCGCCGCCGCGUUAUCUCAUCGUUUCUGGUUCUCUGUUCGCCGGCGGGGGAUUUUGAGAAAUCGAGACGAUGGGAUUUCUCUCCCACAAAAUUUCUGUAGAUGAUGUGAAACCAGGCGAUCACAUCUAUUCAUGGCGUCAGGCCUAUGUUUACGCUCAUCACGGAAUCUAUGUAGGUGACGGACAAGUCAACCAUUUCACUCGUGGCGAUGGCCAAGAGACUGGAACUGGGACUUUCUUGGACAAAAUCAUUGUUAGUUCAACCCCAAGUCAUGGAGACAGCCCAUGUCCUAAUUGUGGAGAUAGAUCCAAGCUUGGUGGUGUAAUCUCUUCCUGUCUCGACUGCUUCCUCGCUGGAGGGGAUCUCUACGUCUUCGAGUACAGUGUCUCUCCUGCUAUUUUUCUUGCCAAACCUCGAGGUGGCAUAUGCACAAUAGCAUCUUCAGAUCCUCCAGAAGAAGUCGUUUACCGUGCAAACUUCCUCUUGCGAAAUGGUUUCGGUGUUUACAAUGUUUUCAAGAACAACUGUGAAGAUUUCGCCAUCUAUUGCAAAACUGGUUUGCUGGUAGCAAACACUGAAGUGGGAAGGAGCGGCCAAGCCGCUUCAAUGGUUGCAGCAGCCAGCGUUGUUCUUUCUUCACCACUCAGGUUUGUAGCAGGUUUUGGUGGUUUGGCUGUGGCUGGCUAUGGCAUGUACUGCGUCAGUCGCUUGGCUUCAGACAUAGGCAUGCGAUGGGAUGUGAGCAAGGUGCCUGUGGAGAGACUAGUUGCUGAUAUGGAUGAUAUGGUCGGGAUGGAAAGUAAACCAGAGGACAAUAAGACAAGUUAACAUGGGCUAUUAUGCACAGACUGGUCCGGUUUGGGAGUAUGGUUGAUAUCUGAUUGUAAUUGAUUGUAAUGCUUACGCUGUAUCGAGUUGUGCAUAACAAGACUAUCCUCUAUUUCAUCUGUUACGUUAAGUAAGAGAAUAUGCUAAAUGAUGUACCGAAUUGUGCAACUUAA